AUGAUCUGGUACAAGAUACCGACCCAAAUGACAACAGCCACUGAGAAAAAGCAUGAGAGCAGCGUCGCCCGACAGCUUUUACCAACCCCAAUUGUGCCUUCAGAAGAGUUGGACAAUGCUUCAUCAGUUUCUUCCAUGAAGCCACCUCCCGACGAUGUGCCCCAACCCAAGGAUCAGCCGUUUGGCUACAAGCUUCGUCGCUUCUGGCUCCGAACAUUAAUCGGCGUCGUAGUGCCCCCUGCAGUUACCGGGUAUUUUAUCUUUUUGGUUAAAUAUUUCCUUGAAUCCCAAAAUGAAGGCAUAAAUCCUUUGAAAAUUGGCCGAGCUGGGGCGAACUUUGCUUAUUGGAGUUGGUUCAUCAUCGGUAUCUUUGGGCUGAACGCAGCAAAGUAUGGCCUCGUGGGUGUCGAGGCAGGAAUGUUGAUGUAUACUCCAUCAAUCGGACCCAAGGAUGGACUCCAGCUUAUGAUGCAUGCGGACCGGACCUGGAGCGGUCCCACCGGUUGGUGGAAGAUCACCCAAAAGGUUAUGUUCCUCAGCAGAAGACGCACGGCAUCUAAGCAAGACGGUGGGGGCCACUUUCCAUCCAUACUCUGGUAUAUCCUUCUUGUUCUGAGUGCUCUCCCCCUUAUAGCUCUUCCAAUUUCUGGCCUCUGUAUGGAAGUUGGGGAUGGCUAUAUCCAGACUACUGGCAUGACUUCUAAAAAAGCCGAGGUGCUUGGCCGGAACGUGGAAAACUUCGAUUCCAGAGAAACGAUGGCAGUCCAAAAUAGGGCAUUUACAGGCUGGUCAAUGGCCAUGCCCGCCCGGUUGCCUGGUUUUGGCAUAAUGUACACCCGACCAGAGCUGAAGCGUUCGGAUUAUGACUUCCUCAAGGAAAUUCCCAACACAUUUCCUCCAGAUUCCGGUAUUCCCGAAAUAUUCCUCACUCCCCAAGCCCCUGUUCCAGUCUCAGGGACAACCUGGGGGCUAGUGAUUCGAUAUAAUUGUAGUUCAGUGUCUAAAAUUUCCGAACUCACUAUAUUGAACCGUUUCCACGAACAUGGGAACAACACUCUACCUAAAGCCUCCUUCGAAAAUAACUCCUAUUCCCUCAGCGAUUCCGUGCGCCCGAUUAACCGUACCAUAGCUGAGGGACUGGUGUAUCUUCGGGAUCAUCGAGCUGGAAGAAUCGAUAACUACGCGGCUGUUUCAGAAAUAGCCAUGACUAACGCAGAAAAGUUACGAUACGACUCCAAAUAUGGCCAAGAAUAUCGUGCUCCCGGCCUCGAUAGAGAUUUCGUCUUUGAAUAUGUCCUCUAUCAGAAUCUAGAUCCCCCACACCCCGCUCAUCCCGAUGCUGGUGGCACGGACCUAUUUGGUCAAAGUGUCUUUGAUAUCAUGGAUAUGGGGAUUGACAAGUCCAUCCCCGAAAUUGCAGACCGAUAUAACACCUUGAUUGACUCAAACAGAAAGUUGAACGUUGUUGUUGGGGCUCGAUGUACCUCCUCCUCCGAUGUGGGUAUUGCUGACGUGGACGGACGCACUCUCAGCUUCUCAAAUUUCAAACGCGUUGACGCUAAGGCAAUUCGGAACGCCUAUAGUUUGGAUGUCGGAGUAAAACCUUUUGGUGCUGGAGCGGCCGAACUCGUGCUUAACACGGAAGGAGAUAAUCCCUCUCGUGGGAAUGUUGGUCUUCAGAAUAUCAUUUCGUCGGUGGACGGUCGCCCGUAUAUCGACACACAUUACAGCUUUGUUGUCCCUGGUUAUAUCCAAUCGAAGCAACUUAGGAAUUCUCUUCUCCAAUGCCAUGCCGCAUAUGCCCUAGAGUUGAUGUACGAUGGAGCUGCGAAAUACGACGACUUAGCCCAAUACAUCAAAUUCUCCAAUGGCUCCUCAGGGAUGUCGAACACCAAAUUCAACUCCCGCAGCUUCUUUACGCAUGAGAAUCUCACAGCCGCAACACCGGGGAAAAUCCUCACUCAAGGCCCGUUGAAGCAUAUCUGGCUGCCUUUAUAUUUUCUCAUUCCAUGGACUUUGGUAUCCGUCAUUCUCACUCUCAUGUUCUCUCUCACGCCGAGAUGGUCUGAUACGCUUGAUGGGUUUAGUCUCUUCCGUUUUGGAGCGGACUAUGCGGACGAGGUGAAGGGCCAUUCCGAAUAUUAUAGUACGGAGGAUUAUGAAAAGUGUGGCCCGUUGAUGGACAUACCAGGACUUAUCGGUGACUCGAGACCGAUGGCAAUUCCCGGUCAUAUAUCGUUAGUUAAGGAUAGUAGGACUUCGCGUGACAAAUUAUAUGUUUGA